GAAAAAGAAACAAAUUUAAGUAUUUAGCAUGUGAAAUUCGUAGAGUUGCAUGUUUACGGCCGGCCUAGUGCAAGUGAACCGGCGGGUUAUAUUUUGCAGGAUCUAGAGUUUCUCUAUUUCAUCUUCUUAUUUCAGAUUUUCUGAAAAUUUCUGGUCUGCUGAGCUUUUUUUGACUUGAGAGUUGAGAGAGGAAAGAGUGGGAAAGAGAAACCGGUAUGGGGAGCGCGCCAGCACAAAUUCCAACAAGUUUCGGUCAUGAGCUUAGGGCUUGCCUUCGUUGUCGGCUCGUCAAGACCUACGAUCAGUUUAGAGAAUCGGGCUGCGAGAACUGUCCUUUCUUUAAGAUGGAUGAUGAUCAUGAACGCAUUGUCGAUUGCACCACUCCCAAUUUUAACGGAGAGCAAAGAUUGACAUUCAAUGAAUUUUGCAAUGGGAAAAAUCCACGCAGUCCA